CCCAAAACAUUUACUGUCCUUUACCCGUCUCUACAGCAUCUGCAGUUCUCCGCUGAGAAGAACAGGAUUUAUGGUUAUAGAAUCAAAUAAACUCACGGGAAAGACACAGAGAAAGAAAUGGCGGGUUUUGGUGGAAGAAAUAGAUGGUGGAUCAUAGCGCUGGUUAUCGUGUUGGUAGGAACAGCGAGGGAGCUGAGUAAGCGCUUCGGAUGGGACAAAGAAGGGGGAAUGAACGCGUUGAGGGAAUGGUCCGAUCGGCUGGGGGUGUGGGCCAUCCCGGCCUAUGUUGGGGUCCACACCCUCACGCUGGCGCUCUGUUUGCCCUAUGCCGUCUUCUUCGAGGCCGCUGCGUCUCUCAUCUUCGGCUUCUUCCCGGCAGUUGUCUGCGUCUUCUCCGCAAAGGUGAUGGCUGCUUCCCUCUCAUUCGGGAUCGGCAGGUUAGUAUUCAGGAGUUCAAGUUCAGCAAUGGAGUGGGCCCAGAGAAACAAAUACUUCCAUCUCCUUUCCAGAGGAGUUGAGCGUGAUGGUUGGAAAUUUGUUCUUCUUGCCCGCUUCUCACCCAUACCCUCCUAUGUCAUAAAUUAUGCCCUAGCUGCAACCAAAGUUGGGUUCAUAGUGGAUUUUCUACUGCCAACAAUUAUUGGAUGCCUGCCAAUGAUCUUGCAGAACACGUCCAUUGGCAGCCUCGCUGGUGCUGCUGUUGCUUCAGCAUCUGGUUCUCAGAAAUCUCAGGUUUGGUCAUACGUUUUUCCUGUACUUGGAAUCGCAUCAAGCUUUCUUAUCUCCUUGAGAAUCAGAAAGUACUCCGCUGAUAUCUCAGCGGCUCAAGUCUCUCCCAGUGAGCAUGUUGAUGACUGUAAUAAAGACGUUGAUUCAUCCCAAAGCUUGUCUGAUGGACAAGGAAGCGAAAGCCUGAAAAAGAAUCAAUAACAGUUUACUCCAAUUUUGUUGUUCUUUACAUUUCUUUUGUCCCAUUGACAGAUAAUUUGUAGUUUUAUUGUGUUGCAAUCUUUAAUGUCUGAUUUAUUGGAUGAUGUGCUUUCUCAACAUA